GGACCUGACACGGAGAAUUCUUCACUUUCGAUCACUCUUGCCCGCACACUGGUGGUCCAUGAGUUACAUUGCUUUAUCACAACGCGACAAUGAUUUCGGCGACGCCCCGGAGCAGGCGCAGGAUAACGAGGACUCCGAAGUGGCCGCCAGCGGAGACCGGGACCCGCAGCAGCAACCAGGCGUUACUCGAAAGCAGUUAUGGGGACUCUAUCUCUCGCACUUCCUCUCCACAUGGAAUGCGCGCAGCUAUGAAUUCGCAGCGAUUCUCUUCACGGCCUCUGCAUACCCAGAUACAUUGACCGCAUCGUCGAUCCGCGGCAUCUUGACAACGCUCUCGACGCUGGCGCUCUCGUCUGCGGUGGGCAGAUGGGCUGACCAACACCCGUCGCGCUUGCAGACAUUGCGGAUAGGUAUUUUUGUCCAGCGAAUACUCGUCAUAUUGGCUUGCGGGGGGUGGAUAUCCAUUGUCGGAGAGGUAUUUGUCGAAGGCGGGUUCUCUGGUACUGGUGUGAAGACUGGAGUUGCUGGCAGUGGGCACCAACAGCCGUUCGCGGGUAAGCCGGUCGUGAAGGGGAUUAUAUUUGCGGCUGUACUGCUUCUCGGCAUCGGCGAGAGACUCAGCGCUGUGGGGAAUAUGAUGGUGAUGGAACGGGACUGGGUCCCCGCAAUCGCGGCAACGGAGCCCGCGCCAUUCCUCCUGAGCUUGAAUGCCUCUAUGCGACGAAUAGACCUGACCUGCAAGCUUCUCGCCCCCCUCUCCAUUUCCGUCCUCGCCCUAGUCGCCUCGAGCGUCCGAGUGACCGCCGUAUGUAUCGCCGUAAUAAACGCCGUCUCCGUUGGGAUAGAAUGGCAUACCGCCUACCGCGUUUAUAGGAGCUGCCCCUCACUCCGGGUUCCCAAAGCGCCAUCACCUCCGCCCGUCCAGGCCACUCGACAACAGAGUGUAUUCCGUUCAUGGACGCAAGGCUUGAGCCUCUUCUUCUCCACCGAGAUCUGGCUCCCAUCGCUAUCACUGGCACUCCUCUACUUCCCCGUGCUCUCAUUCUCCGCAUCGAUGCUGACCUUCCUCCUCAACGCGGGGUUCCCGCUUUCGGAGAUCACGAUCGCCCAGACCUUCAGCACGCUGGUGGAAGUAUUCGCCACGGUAGCUAGUCCGUGGGGCGUACAGAUGAUGGAGCGCAAACAGCCCACCGCCACCGCCGCCGCAGCCGCCGGCAUAGAGCGGAUGGGCCUGUGGGGACUCUGGUGGCAAUUCACCAAUCUGAUCCCAGUGACGCUCCUGCUGUUUACUCUCCCCACAUCGGGUCCUCCAGCCUUCCCCUCCGCCGCGCUGUUCAUCUUCCUUGCCCUCUCCCGCAUGGGCCUGUGGAUCUUCGAUCUCUCCGCACAGACGCUUGUGCAGACCCACGUGCCCGAGGGCAGGCGCAGCGAGUAUUCCGGCGUCGAGAUGGGGUUCAUUUCCGCGGCGGAGCUGGCGCAGUGGGUUGUCACCGGCGUAUGGGCUCAGACCGAGGACUUCAAGUGGUUGGCUACUGCGGGGACGGUCGCCGUGGGCGCGAGUUUGCUGGCGUAUAUGGUGUGGCUGCGGGGAAGAAGGGGACAUUUGGUCCAUUGGGAGAAGGUGCGCUGGGGGGAGUGCGGGAACUAGUGAUGUGGUUAUGUGGUGAUGGGCCAUAGAUAGAUCAAUGGCAAUAAGGGGAUGAAGUGGGAGGCUUUUUUGAGGGGGGAAGGGGGUUUAAUCAUCAUUGCAUUCAACCUCAGUAGAUCAUGGCAGUUAUAUUUCCAUUUCCACCCCACUGUCUUUGACCGCUGGCCGCAAGCUUGAUGUGGGUUCCCUAUUGCCCUCCGCCCAGCCC